AUGCCGGAAAAAAGGGAAAAUUUUUGUCACUUAAAUAUAACUGUUGCAGUUAAUGCAGUUAUAAAUUACGGUUUAAGUAAAAAAGCAGCUGCAAAAAAAUUUGGUGGAUCAAGAUCUACUCUACAGUUUAGGCUUAAAAAUCUAAAUGGAAAAACAUCUUGUGGACCGGCAACUGUAUUGUCAGACAAAGAGGAAGAAUUGUUACAAACAUGGAUAAUUGAAAGCUGUAAAAAAGGUUUUCCAAGAAGAAAAGAAGAUUUGCAAAUGAGUGUGAAGCAAUUUUUGGAUAUAAACAACAGACAAACUGCUUUUAAAAAUAAUAUGCCAGGUAAUGGUUGGUAUAGGGCAUUCAUGCAAAGACAUCCAUUAAUAUCGGUCCGAACAAGUGAACAUGUCACAACUGCCAGUGCAUGUGUCAGUGAAAAAGACAUAAAAAAAUGGUUCUCUGACAUCCAUCAAUAUCUAGUAGAUGAAAAACUUGAUGACAUAUUGCAAGAUCCCACUAGAUUAUUCAACGGUGAUGAAACUGGAUUCUCGCUAUGUCCCAAAACCAAAUCAGUGUUAGCUCCAAAAGGAACCAAAGAUAUUUAUGAGGUAGCAGUAGGUAAUGCUAAAGAAAAUCUCACAGUUAUGUUCACAUUUAAUGCUGCUGGUGACAUGUGCCAUCCGAUGGUAAUUUACAACUAUCAGAGAAUCCCACAAGAUAUUGUAAAUUCUGUUCCUCCCAAUUGGGGAAUAGGUCAUUCCGAAUCAGGUUGGAUGAAAUCUGAGGUUUUUUAUGAAUGCAUUGCGAAUAUAUUUUAUCCUUUUGUAGUUGAAAAGGGAAUAAAAUUUCCUAUAAUUUUAUUUGUUGAUGGUCAUAAAAGCCAUCUAACCUAUCAAUUAAGCGAGUUAUGUUCAAGUUUAAAUAUUAUAUUAAUUGCGUUAUAUCCAAACUCCACAAGAAUUUUACAGCCAGCUGAUGUGGCUGCAUUUCGGCCACUUAAAUCUGGUUGGAAAAAAGGAGUGUUUGAGUGGAGAAAAGACAAUAAUUUAAGUACAGCUGUAACUAAAAAAGAUUUUGCCCCUAUAUUAAAAAAGGUAAUUGAUGAAACUGUUAAAGCAGAAACUUUAAUUAAUGGUUUUAAAGCUUGUGGAUUGUACCCUUGGAAUCCUGAUUCUAUUGGUUUAAAAAAGUGUCUUGGUACUAAUACAAAAAAAACUGAAUUAGUCAAUAAAAUUAAUAAUACCCAAUAUCAAUGUCCUCUUACUCUUGAACAAUUUUGCAAUACUGUAAGUCCUGAAUGUAUUAAAAAGUUUGAAAAUUUUAAUGAUAUUGUUAAAUCUAAUGUUAUAAGUGAAGAAUUUCAUGCAUUAUAUAAAUUGUAUCAAUUACUUAAAUCUAAUUAUAAAAAUUUGUUAAGUAGUGGUGUGAAGUGUAUUUCAGAGGCUGGUGAGCAGAAUUUAUUAGAUUUGAUAGAAGACCAAAAUGAAGUAACUAUAAUUGAUGACAGUUUUUUCGAUAGUAGUAAAGAAGGUUUUCAAGAUGCAAUAGAGCAAGAUAAAAUGGAUGUGUGUGUAGAAGCCAAUAAAGAGAAAACGGGUUUUAUUUGUAAUGAAAUAGAAAAUACAAGAAAACAGGAUGAAAUUGAAAUUUGUAUAGAGGAGAAUGUAGUUACACCCAGACAUAUAAAUGGAAAAACUUUUCAAAUUUCUCCAUUAGAAUCAUGUCUUGUGUGGUUACAUCAGUUACUCCAGAAAGUAAAGUCUAAAGAAGAUAAAAAGAAACAAAUUGAGCUUGAAAAAGAAAAUAGGAAAAAAUACAGAUUAAGUAAUAGGUUGGUUAAAUUGAAUUCGGUCAAUGAUAAAAAAUUAAAAACUGUUACUAAAUCAAAGGUUGUGAGAAAUAUAUUUCAAAAAGAUAUUGUGUAUAAGAAAAAACCAUCUGAAACUGUAACUAGUGGUGUGUUGGCUGAAAGUUUAUGUGUUGAUAUAGCACCUAAUAUUGUUGAAGAAAUAGAUAAUGAUAUUCUAACCACAUAUGUAACCGUAGGACUUUGUUUUAGUUGUGGUAGAAAUUUAAGUGAGUUUUUGAAAGGUGUUGAUUGUGCCUUUUGUUCACAUAUGUAUCAUUUGAAGUGUUUAACCACAGAUGAAUUCUGUGGCAUCGGUGAAAAUGAACCUAUUUUAUUCAUUUGUAAAAUAUGCCAAAAAGAUUUAAAUUAA